AUGGCCGCCGUCUACGCUCAACGUCCGGCACCUUCAUCCCACAGAGCGCAGAAGAAGGCCAUCAAGGGUCCCGAUGUCGACGAGGACGAUUCCUCAAUAGUCGCCCACACUCUCACAGCAUGCACCCGCUGCAGACAUCGCAAGACGCGCUGCGACCCAGGGCUUCCUCGAUGCGGACCAUGCGAACGGACACAAUCGACAUGCGAAUACUACGAUCCCGGCCGCGGCCACAAUGUCAAUCGCAACUAUGUGGUGUGGCUGCAACACCGGGUGAAGGAGCUUGAGCAAGAGCUGGGGAAAGUGGAGAACGAGGACGGAGGCGAGGAUCAAGAAGGCAUGAUGCGUGCUGCCACGGUGCGCGUUCACGAUGCGUCCGAGUCCAAAUACCUGGGUCCUUCCAGCGGGAUAGCCAUCACCCGUCUGGUGAUGCAGCUGGCGAAGCAGUUCACGGAUGCUAAGAGCAUCAAGGACAUCGUGCCCGAGCAACGAGCACGACAAAUCAAAGAGCUAUACAAUCAGGAACAAGCUAAGCCGACAUCGAAAAUCUACCCUCUUAUCAGCGACGUCGCGGCUGUGGAUCUUCCCAACAGACCACUUGUAGAUCUGCUGGUUCAGCUGUACAAGUUGAAAGUACAGUCCAUGUACCCAGUGCUGCACGAACCUACUUUCGACAAGGACGUCGAUGCCAUGUACAACGACCCUGCGCAUACGACACCCUACCAAAACUUCAUAUGCCGAAUGGUGAUCGCCAUCAGCCUACAGAAAAUGGACACACAGUAUGCUGGACUCGCAGACAGCUACUACCUCGCAGCACUCAAAUAUCUUGAACCAGUUGUACGGCCUAUGGAUAUCAAGACUCUCCAAUGCUUCGCCUUGAUGGCGCAGUAUUCUUUGCUCACUCCCACACGGACAGCUAUUUACUACGUUGUGGGCAUUGCCGUUCGGCUAGCGCAGGCGCUGGGUUUGAAUGAGGAGAAAACCUUGACUCGAGCACGUCCGGACGAGCCGAUCGAUUACCUCGAGAUUGACAUGCGUCGGAGAAUGUUCUGGUGCAUCAUGGUCAUGGAGUAUGGUCUCGCGCAUUCGCUUGGUCGACCUGCAAUGCUGGCAACAGGUCAGGACCACAUCGAUGUGAGCUGGUUUGAGACUUGCGAUGAUCAAUACAUCACACCGGAAGGCAUCGAUCCCAAUGCUCCUCGACCGACCAUCAAGAAGUGGGUAGCCAUACAUUUCUUUAAAAUGCGAUUAUUACAACUGGAAAUCAGACGGAAGCUAUAUCAGCGGAAGAGGAAAGAGCCGAAAGAUGACACGGAUCCGUGGUUCAUUAGAAUGGAUGCAAAGCUGGCCGCCUGGAGAGACGCCUCACCUGCCUCAGACGGAGGCCAUGGUCUGGACAAAACCUGGUUCAUCGGUCGAUAUAACACUAUGAUUGUGUUUCUGUAUCGGCCAUCUCCGCAAGUACCUCGACCAUCUCUGGACGCUGCGAUGAAGUGCUUCGAGGCGUGUGACUUCAAUAUCUACAUGCAGCGUGAGCAAAUCCGAAGACGUAAUGUCGACAUGACCUGGAUCUUUACACAGUCGCUCUUCAUGGCAAUCAACACAAUGCUGUGGGCUCUCAGCUAUGUGGAGGUGAGGCGGAAGCACUCGCGGGAAGAUGUCAUGAAGCAUCUCGAUCUCGCCAUGGACGCAAUUCAACAGGCCUCCGCUCGAUGGCCUGGCGUGGCGUCCGCGAUUCAACUAUAUCAAAACCUGAUCAGUGCCGUUAUGAAGAUCUACGAGAAAGACGGCGACGUUCCCAUCUCAGCCGCGUCACCUUCCGAGGGCGCAUCACCCGCCUCA